AUGCCGUCGACAAAUGUGUUGCCUAUUCGGAACAUAGCUGUGGAUGCAGGACCAUCAAGGUGUCCCCUGGUUCAGGGAGUAAAUCCUGGAGCAGCUGCGGCCCCUCCUUGUACAACACCUACAGCUCCCCCAACUACCUUGCCAAAUACACCACCAUUAGCUACUCAAGCAGAUAUCAUUAGGAUCAAUCCUACAGCAGCAGAGAGAUGGAUUAAGGAAUUGGAAAAAUUAUUUGAUGCAAUGCAAUACCCUAACGACGUCAAGGUAGCAGUAGUCGUUCCUUUAUUGCAAGGGAAUGCUGAGCAUUGGUGGGAGGUAGAAAGGGUUGCCCACCCUGAUGGUGUUAAUUGGCAAGAUUUCAAAAGAAUUUUCUUUGACAAUUUCUUCCCUGACAGUUUGAAGACAAUCAAGGAAAAUGAGUUUCUGGACUUAAAGCAAGGAAGUAUGACUGUGUUGGAGUAUGCUCACAAGUUUCAUGAGUUGGGCCAAUUCUGCUUGAGAUAUAUGAUUGGCGAGAAAGACAAAGCUAGAAAGUUUGAGAGGGAACUAAGACCUGAUGUUCGAGAUAAGUUGUGUGGGACCAUCUUCACCACCUACUUGGCUGUGUAUAUCUGCGCUCUUAAAGCUGAAGCCGAAUUGAAUAAGCAAGCUGAAUACUGGGCAAGGAAGAAAAUAGCAGGGCCCAAGAUAUCUAAAGAAGCUAGUGGUUCUAGCAAUGAGAAAAGAGAUGUUGGAUUUCAGAAAAAGGCAAAUACAUGUGGAUAUUGUCAUCGAUCUCAUACCGGUCCAUGUCACCCUAAGGUUGGAGCUUGCUUUGGAUGUAGACAACAAGGUCAUUUGAUCAAGAAUUGUCCCUCCAUGAAGAAGAAUGAAGCACAGUCGACUCAUCCCAAAAGGGCUAAUGCUUGGGUUUUUGCCAUGACACAGGAAGAUGCAGAUAAGGUGGACAAUGUAGUUGCAGGUAUUAUUCCCCUAAACACUGUGGAUGCUUAUGUGUUGUGUGAUUCUGGUUCUUCGCAUUGUUUUAUUUCUGAGAUGUUUGCAAAGAGCUUAAAUUUGCAAGCUAAGAAGUUGAGUGAACCUUUAUAUGUUAGUACCCCGAUGGGGAAAAUUGUGCUGACAGACACUUGGUUUCAAGAUUGUCAUCUACAACUUAAUGGGAGUAAUGUGUCAAUUGAUUUAGUUCAACUAGAUAUGCGGGAUUUUGAUGUGAUAUUAGGAAUGGAUUGGCUAUCCAAAAACUAUGCCUUCAUUGAUUGUGCUCGUAGGAAGGUGGUAUUUCAAAUUCCUAGGCAACCUAUUUUUACUUUAGAACACUUUUCUAGGAGUGGGGUGUUGGUUUCGAGGGUGCCAUUAAAAGUAAUUUCAGCAUUGAAGGCUAAGAAGGAAUUGAGAAAAGGGUAUAGCGGUUUCUUGGUUAUGUAA